ACCUUCACUCCUGGUGCUUAUCUCCUGCAGUUCAUAAAACAUCUGUUUGGAUGGGUACAGUUCUGUUCCCUCAGCUCUUCAGAGCUCUCCGGGCCAUUUCCUGCAGUGAAAGCUCGGGAAUGUCCAUGGUGGAGGGAACGCUCGCUCGGCGGAACGCUCGGCAGGGCCCCGCGGCGGAACGCUUUGGGCGAGGGACGCGCGGCCGGAAGCGGCGGAGCAGAGCACUUCCGGCGCCCUCCCGCCUCGCCGCCCCAUGGCCGCGUCCGUGAACAGCCAUCACAGCAACAACUGUUUUCCUUGAAUAAUUGUGUGGCCACACUACCUGCAGCCAGCUGUAGCCCAUUUUCCAAUGAUUUCAAAACCUAUGUGGAUCAAGCUUGUAGAGCUGCAGAUGAGUUUGUCAACAUUUACUAUGAGACAAUGGACAAGAGGAGAAGGGCUUUAACCAGACUGUAUUUGGACAAAGCAACAUUAGUUUGGAAUGGAAAUGCAGUGUCUGGGCAAGAAGAACUAAAUAAGUUUUUUGAAAUGUUGCCAUCAAGUGAAUUCCAGGUUAAUGUGUUGGACUGCCAGCCUGUUCACGAGCAAGCUACUCAAGGCCAGACAACAGUCCUCGUGGUGACAAGUGGGACUGUCAAAUUUGAUGGGGAUAAGCAGCGCUACUUCAAUCAGAACUUCCUGCUGACAGCACAGGCCACCCCCACCAACACCGUGUGGAAGAUCGCCGGGGACUGCUUCCGCUUCCAGGACUGGGCCAGUUAGCAGGGCUGGCAUGGGCAGUGACCUCUCCCCUCUGGCACCACCACUCCACUGUGCAGGCAGCUGUUCCCACAGGGAAUGCGCGCGCUCUUUGUGUUGCAUCUGAUGUUACGGACGGGCUGCAGAUGUUUCGGGGUUGAUUCCAGUGACCACAGCUGUAGUAAUAAAAUGUGAGAGGUUGCUCGUGUUAGUUGAAUUUAGUCAAGUGCUGAAGGCAGUGAGCUGUAUUCGAAUCAUUCCUAAAAUGCCUUACAUGCAGCUGUGCUGCCACUGCUGAGUGCUCAAACCGUUCUGUUUGAACACAGAAUCCUAUUCAUAUACAAUUCUGACCAAACGUAAUUUUUUUCAACUUGAAAAGAUCUGUUUUUACAGUAUCAUCUUCUCUCUUUUGAAGAAGAUGCUUGUGGCAUGAAGAUAUAAUUUUGAAAGCUCCCUACUCCCAGUUGUGAGAGGCUGGGAAGGAUUGCUAUGGUUUCUACUGUUAGUGAAAGGAGCAAAUAAAGCUCCUAAGUUUGUAAUCUCUCAAUCCAUUGGAAAGGUAAUGUUUACCUUCUCUGAUGCCAAAGGACCAUAUAUCUUUGGGUUUCCUUUCAGUCUGAGCUUCCCAGACUUUGGUUGUUAAUUCCAUGGAUUCAUAUGUAGGGCAUGCUGAAUGAUUCGGAGCUCCUGUGCCAAUAACUCUUCACAUGCACGUGAAGGACUUCAAACUGAUUAUUUUUCUUUUGAAGUCUUACCAUGGCCUAGAAAUAGGCCACAUACCUGUUUUCUGUUGGCUUUAGUUCUGCAUUCUGUUGCUUUGAGGUUUGGAUUAUUUUUCUCAUAUUAAGUCUGCAAGUUUUGAAUCCUUACUGUCUUUUCAAGAAACAUUGUAGUUAAAAAGUGGCACUGAAAGUGUGCAUUACUGUGAAGCCUUCAAUUUUUCUCAUCAGUACUGUUACUCAGAACAGGUGCUUGCAUUAUUUUCAAUCGAGAACAGCAGCUCUGCACCACUAACACUAUCUUCCUCUCAUGCAGAUUUUUACUGUAUUUUUUCAUGUUCUUUUUUAAAAUUGCCUUUAAUUAUUGAUUCUCUGGGGGUUUUGUGUGUUUUGCUUAAAAUUUGUAGUUUAAAGCUUCCAGCUGCUUUGAAACACUUUUCAAGACUGUAAGUUAAGAGUAUCCACCUUUGGAACUUCAGGGCAAAUCUGUGUAUCAGCAGCUUUGUUUUAAACUGGUGUGUUUCUGUUUUAAGCUGAGUUAAAGAAAAAGCAAACCCAAAAUGUAGCUGUAUAGCUGUAGCUGUAUCCCUGAGCACACUCUUGCUUGUAGCUGAAAGUACAGGAGGCAAGCUUGUAACUCUCAUCAAAACCUGUUUCAAUGACAGCAGCAGUCUGAAAGCAGUUACAACUGCAGCUCACUUGUUCAGUGACUUAAAUGGAGAAAACUGUGAAAAUGAGCAAUAUCUCACUUGGGCAAAACAUAAAGCAUCUGCAGUUUGCCAUGUAAUCCCACAAACAAUGGGAUGUUUAGCUGAAAUGAGUGGCUUUACUUCCUUUUCAGGCCCUCUAGUCUGUACACCAGUAAGUUAGAAGUAGUAACCUGUCUCUGUUCAGAGGCUGUUUAUGAUCAGAACUAUUGUGUACCUAUUUUUCAGGCUGAAGAAUUUGAAUUCCUGCAGAAUAGUGGAAGAACAGAAUUUUUGAAAACUGUAAAUAUUGUAAAUACAUUGUUAUUUCUGUAUGUAGUGAAGAAAGGAUCAUUCUAUUUAAUUACUGUUUGUUCUUAAGAGAAUAUGUGAUGUUCAUAUAUUUGUAUUUCCUCUAGAAGAUUGAAAAGAAAACAUAACCUGAGCAUGCCUGUAACUGGUACAGCAUUGUUGAGCUGUGACACUGGCGUGGUGUAUUCUACUGGCUGUUUAACUUGCUGUUGAUUGUGUAAGUGGUGUUACAGAUCUGCUUUGCAUACACAAAACAGGUUUUGCCUUUUAAAAUGCAGCAAUGGGUGCAGCUGUGGCAUUGGCUUGUUGGACUUUGAAGGCGGUCACCAGAACACACACUUAUCAGUACCUGAUAAGCUUGUGCUGUGAAUAAAUACUUAUUGGAUAUUUUUAUCCAAGUUUGAAUUUGUAUAAUAAUUUUUAAGCUUUUUCUAGGCAGACUGGGAGAUUCAAAAUAUAUGAGGCAAUGUUUCAAUCAAUCAGAGGUUAUUCUCAAUUCUUUUCAUGCUAUUUAAAUGCAAGCUGCUUUUAAAAUUGACUUUUGCAAUUAAUAUUGAAAAAAACUGACCAAACAAAAAACCCCACCACUACCUGGAACAUGACUGAGGAAGAUAACUAACUGGCCUAGCUGGACAAAGCCAGUUAAAACUCCUACUUAGUAAGAUUGUAGAUGGAGUAGGAGAGUAGGACUUGGUAUGCAUACCCAGGGGUUUUUUAGGGAGAUUCACUGGAACACAAUUGCUUCAGGCCAGGGAGAGGUGCCAGUUACUCCUGCCUAUUUCCAUCAUCUUCAGUGAGGAUCACUUGGGUGAUUCAGUACUACUAUAAUUAGUUCUUGCUCUUUAUAACUAAAAAUGCUGGUUUGCAAAAUAUUUUUAUUUAUUAUACCAAGUGAGAUUGUAGCUAUUAGAGUCAAGUGGUGGUUUUACAAUGGAGUAACUAAUGGCACAAACAAAAAAAUCUCUUUGUUGCUAGCUCUGUGCUGCUUGUUAAUAUUCUAUGCUGAAAUUAGCAGAAAACACAAAAAAUGCUUUCAUUGAAUUCUGUACAAACCCAUCCAGCUGGUUUCGUAUGACCACUGCUGACUCUACUGCAAUACCCAAAAUUUUCAGUGGGCAUCUAUGAAAUGAAUAUGUUUGUGCUCCAAACACUGAACUGGAGUUAAUGCUUCCAUUUUUUUGUUCGAGACCAAAUUAUUCCUGUACAACCAGUCAGUGAAACAAAGCCAGCUGAAGAGCUAAGCACUUCCACUAAGAAAUUGUAGCAACUGAAGACUUGAGAGAUCUUUUUGUAUGUUCCCUGUAUUGUCUAUAGCAGUCACUGCGUUUCUGUUGCUUUGUUUGUUUGGCAUACUACAGUUCAAUUGAUUUCAAAUGCCUAUGUUGGAGAAAAGGGAUUUGUACUGAUGGUAUGAAUGGUUUGUUCUGAUAUGCCUGUGCUUCCUUAACCUGUCUGGAGAAAAGCACAUUAUAAAGAAAUGCUGUUUUAUCAGUAAAAUAACUUUCCACACUUGAA